AUGGGAACCCUGGAGGGACACCUGCUGCCAGGGAUAUGCUUCUUCUUCUUCUCACUCUACUACUCAGUGCAGGUGUCCUUGGCCCUGCUACGGGAACAAAGGUUUCUCAAGAUUCCUCUACCCCCAAGAGAGAAGAGAGGACACACGUGGUGGAAGCUGGUACCUAGGGAAGCGAUGGUGAAAAUCGUCAUCAGCCUGGCUGGCAUCAUGGCCGAGUUCUACUACCCACCAGGCAACAACCGGCUGAGGAUCGUAAAGUGGGAGGACCCUCAGCGACCGUUCUUGUUCCUGAACAACUGGUCACAUGCCACCAUCUACAGUUUCUUCCUGCUCAGCGGUGUGGUGGACAUUGUGAGCCAGUCAUGCCAGGCACGGCAGAGUAUAAAGCUGGAGCACGCAGCAGAGGCCCUGGCCUUCUUUGUACUGGCGCUGCUGAUGCUGGUGCACAGUGAGCACAAGAACGCCCUGGAGGUCCGCGUGCACAUCCUGUUCAUAGUGCCCACCUUGUUGGUGUGUCUGGUGCUCACCAUCGAGGUCUGGGUCCCUGACCAGCCCCCACUCUGGGUGCUCAAGACCUGGAUGGGACUGGUGUUCAGCACCUGGAUGCUGCAGCUCUGCCUGGUGUUGUACGUCCCUCCCUCUGGGCAGCCCUGGCGAUCAGAAAACCAUGAGGACCUCGCCUUUCUCCCCAUCUUCUUCUGUUGGCACCUGGUCUUAGGGGCGGUCAUCCUGGCCUCUGUCUAUAUCAUCUGUAGCCUAUGGCAUCAUCGCUGCUCUUCCUGGACAAAGGCCUCAGGUGUCAAGUACCAGCCAUGCCCCACAGGCUACAGCAGUGAAGAGCUGGAGAAAUUCAGGGCAGGGGCCAAGCUGCAAGAUGGGGUUGUCUAG